GAGCGGGACGGGGAGAGCGGCCGGGCUGCCCCCGGAGCCCGCCUCGCCAUGGCCCGCCAGCUCAUCGGCCCCGCGCUGCCGCCCGGCUUCCCGCGCCGCGCCGAGGCCGAGCCGGGCGAGGACUUCAGCCAGGUUGCAGGACCAGCACUGCCUCCAGACUAUAAAAGCAGUUGUAGCUCAGAAACUCCAGAGAGUGAUGACGACUCAGAAUCUCUUCCUCUACCCAGAGACACAAACAGAGAUUCUGAAGAGGAGACAGAAGGAGAUCCAGCAGCCAAAAAGCCAAAAAGAAUUCAUGAAGACGAUGAUGAUGAUGAUGGCUUUUUUGGGCCAGCUCUUCCUCCUGGAUUUAAAAAACAGGAUGAUUCUCCAGAGAGGCCCAUUAUAGGUCCUGCAUUACCACCUGGCUUUAAGAAACCUUCAGAGGACACCAGGAGUAGCAGAUGUUUCACAGGACCGUCUGUUUCAUCAGAAUCCCGUCCCCAGCUGACAGAUAGUAGCGAGGAUGAAGACAAUUUUAUAGGCCCAAUGCCUGCAAAAGGACCAGUGGAGUCUGAUGUGGCUGAAGAGUUUGAACGCAGAGCUCAGAGAAUGAAGGAAAAGCUUACUUCAGCAGACAGAGAUGAACCCAAACAAGUUACCAGGGAAUCGUGGAUGACAGAGCUUCCACCUGAGUUGAAAAGCUUUGGAUUUGGCCCAAGAACAUUCAAGAGACGAGCUGAUGACAAAUCAGGUGAUAGAUCUAUUUGGACAGAUACUCCAGCUGACAGAGAGAGAAAAGCCAAGGAAAGAGAAGAGGCAAAAAAGUCAAGCAGUAAGGAUAAUGAAGAAAUGGUAUUAUCUGGGAGGGACAAGAGGCUUAUUGAGCAGGUGACUUCGUACAACGAGUCAAAGAGGUCAGAGUCUCUCAUGGACAUCCACCAGAAGAAGCUGAAGAGCAAAGCAUCUGAAGAAAAGAGCAAACCUCAGGAAAGAAGGCCAUUUGACCGAGAGCAGGAUCUCAAAGUCAAUCGCUUUGAUGAAGCACAGAAGAAAGCUCUCAUAAGAAAAUCCAGAGAUCUGAAUAGCAAAUUUGAGCACAGUAAAGGCAACAUGUUUUUAUAAGAUGAAAGCAUUAAGCUUUUUUGAAGUGAAGUCAAUUAAAAUUUGAAUACUUAAUUUUUGUAAGUAUUUUUCUGUAAAUAUUUGUAUGCAAAAUAAAUAUCCUGAUGUUUAAUUA